AGGAGGGGGUGGGGAUAAACGUGGGAGGGGCGGCGGGGGGAGGGAGCCGAGUCUGCGGUCCGGGAACCGCCUGAUGUCCCGCCCCGGCGCUCAGUCGCUGCCGCGCCGGCUCGGAGACCGGACCAGUUCGCUGUGUUGCUGCCGACGGGACCCGGAGCAGGAGGUUAACAGCAUGGGUGGCAGGCUUGGCAGAAAGCGGAGAGGCUACAAUGUGAGUGAGCCAAAAGAGAACAGAACUGCUGCAGAGUCCACUGAAAAUCCUGAAGUGAAACAAAUUGAGCCUGAGAACAAAGUUUCUUCUAAGGAUCAAUUCAAGACAAUUGGUGAACAACAGCCAGCAAGUGAAGCUCCCAAACAGGCAGAUGAAAGACCUGGAGAGAGAGAAACUGCUUUGGUGACGGUGGAUGUGGAAACUGCAGAAAUAAAUAACGUGGCAGUAGUGAGUACCUCCACUGAGCUUCCUCAUGGUUCUCAAAUGCAAGAGAAUGUAAUCUCUGCUGGUUUGGUAGAAGCAGCAAAGCAAUUGCCUGACCAGGCAGAACAGUGCCCAUUACCAGAGGCUGGUGUGCAAUCCAGUGCUAUCCCAGAGAUUGGCUCGGCUGCUGAAGUUCCAGAUGUGGCAGUGCCAAGUGAACCACAAACCAAGGAAGUGCCAGAAAAUGGCUCCAAUGGGGAAACUCUAAAAUCAGAUUUGGACACAGGAAAAAGUGUACCUGAAAUCCCUGAAGACCCUUCACCUGAGAAAUCUAGCUUGGGUGACCAAACUGUAACAAAUCUUGAUGAACAACUAGAAGUAUACCCCUGUGGAAACCUAAAUGUUCAAGUGGAUCCUGGCAAAAUUCUUGAAGGAGUUUCCGGAGAAACACUCCAUGCUGCAAUGUCUUUGCCUGUCAGUCAUGAGGCACCUCUGCAACCCACUCUGAAAGAAAUAGAAACAUCUGUCCAGGAGACACGGUCUGAAUCUCCAGUUAAAUGUGACUUCUCUAAGGAAGAUGAAGAACCAAAAUUGGCAGCAAUAAUAGAAGAGACACCUAUUGAUGUUGUGUUGAAGAAUGAAGUGGCCUUGUGUGCAGAUCUGGAGAAGGAUGUGACUGAACCCGACACUAAAGAUGAAGCCCAGGGAGUAGUUGGUGAACCUCUUCAUUCCACUACCCAAGUAACACCUGAUUCUGGAGAGCCAUCUGACUGUGUACAGGAUAACUCUGCCUGUGGGAGUAGUAAUGCUGCUGAAACUGAAGAUCACAGCCAAUCACUGGAGGGAUCUGGAAAUGCAUCUGUAGACUCUUGCAGUGUGACAGAUACAGUCCAAGUGGAUCUAGUUGCUGCAGAAUCUGUCCCAGAGAAUACUUGUCCAAGCAUAGAAAAAUUGACUGAAACCAGCCAUGAGCAGACUGUGGAACUGAUUGGCUGCCAAGAUAGCAUAGAAGAAAUAUCCCUCCUCAAGACUAAUUCUGAACUAAUACCAGAUAUUAAACUCACUGUGUAUGGUGAAGGUUUACAAGAGGAAGAAGAGAAGGAUGAUACACAGCCAGCUCCUGUGGAUGAAACCAUUGCUCUGGAUACUAAUACUGAUCCACAACCACCAAAUGAAGUGCUGGAUGAGAAUCAAUCAACACUGCGUUCAGCUGAAGUAGGACUAGAAAUGCACAAGUCUUCAGAUCAAGAAAUCGUGAAACUGGAAACUUCAGGAGAUCCUGCACCUGAAUGUGGAAGUUCAGGUCCUAUUGAAGAGGUUUUGGCAAAAGUAAACACUGAAGAAACUAGUUCCACAGAGAACUCUACAGCUUUUGUAGAUGCUGGAAAACCAACUGAAUCCAUCACCAGCAAAACUGAAGAUGACAACCAUCCAGAGUCUUCUGUUACAAAUGGGACCACUCCAGAUGGUGAAUUGAGAAACCAGAGCAAAGUGGAAGUAAUUGGCCAAAUUACAACUGCAGAAGUUGAAGAGGAUCUCCAAGCUAGCAGCUCGGAACCAAUCAUAAGUAACACCACUGAACAAGUGAUUGAAAAUCUUCCUGCAGAGGAAUCCUGUCUUGCACUGGAUAACCAAACUCUCAAUUCAGGACCACUAGAUGUGAAUGUUGAAUGAUUCCAGUUGGAAGCAGAGGCUUAUGAAGAUGAGGUUAAAGAUCCAGAAUAAAUUUUGCAGGAGGUGGAAGAUUGGUUGGAUUUUGGACUUGUUCAAACCAGCUAGUGCCUGAGUUUGAUUUGAGAAGGAAACUCCAAGCUUGUGCUGCAAGCAGGAUAGUGAUUCAACUUGCAGUUUGUGAACAAUCUUGAUUAGUUCCACAAUCUUCCACUGAGGUUUAUUUUACUUGAAGAAUGCACCAAAAAACACUGGAAGACUGAAACUGAGACUCUGCCUUAUGCCAUAGCUUUCAAUAUGCAAGAUGUUGGGUAUUAGUACACUUUUAAAAAGCAUGUAAAUCUAAAAGGUUUGUUCAGAACACUUGAACUCUAAUUUAAGUCUUCUAAAUUUAGUCUUCAAUUUGCAUAAUAUGCUUUGAGGUCAGUUACUAAUUGGAUAAUGAGGGUUUUUAAAACUUAAUAAAAUGUCAUACUUAUCCUA